UGCUCCAGCGAAAAACGUAUUUGAAGCAGUAGUUGGAGAAAGAAGGUGUAGAGGUACACCGUGUUUCCGGUGGGGUGAUCAAGUUAAGGAAGCAAUAAUCGCAGUUGGUGUUCGAGGGUAGAGCAACUGCGCACACAGCAGAGGCGUCUGGAGAAACAUGUGGUAUUAGGCCAAAACCCGGUAGGAGUGUUCUUGAAGUAUCGUUGCGAACCGACAAUUUGGAAGGACAGACGGAGUAGCAGCGUUUAUAUAAAUCGAAGUCUUAACUUUAGGAAAUAAAUCAUACCACUGCAUCCCUGCUCUCUCCACGGGGGAAUCAAUUGCGUCUACACUGAAAAACUUUGUAUAUUUUACCAUAAAGAGUUUUAACAUCAACGUAUUUUACAAUGAAGAUUGCGAAUCUCUCUGUUCUAGUUUCUAUAUUUACUACAUUCGUGACACUGAUUAAAGGUGAUAAACAUGACUCCGGUAAUUGGUUGGAACGCACUUUUUACAAUGAUGAUAUGGAUGAAGGAGGUACACGAUCACUGAAGUCGUAUUCAGCUGACGAACCUUUUAACAAUAUAAUGGAUGCACCAUCUUUGCUGGAUGAUGUGGAUGAAAAUGAUUUCUUUGAAUUGCCAAAAAAGAAGAAGUCCAAACAUGAAAAGUCACAUAGAUCGAACAGACAUAAACAUCACAAGCACAAGUCCAACAAAAGGAAAACCAAAAGUAAUAGAGUCAAUAAGCUUCAUACAAAAAGAGGCAUGAAUGCUGAUGAAGAUAUGUCUGAUUGGAAUGAUUCUGAGAGUUAUUACGACGGUAAUAAAAAAAGGCAUCACGCAAGUCACAAGCAUACAAAACAUAGUAAACACUCCGCACAUCACAUCACUAAUUCUGAAAUUUAUGAUCCAAUCGAGACCUUUAGAUAUGAAGAUACUAAAGACUUCUAUGAGGAAGAUCCAAAUCAACGUUCAUACUUAAAACGUGGUAAUGAUACCAAAAAACAUUCAGAUGAAUCCAAGUAUUUGUAUAUACCGGUCGAAACCGGAAAUGAAUUCCAACCGAUAUCUGAUUUUAAUGAAGAAACUAAUGAAAAAGAUCUUUCCUAUUUGGCAACACCAAAUAACGACAAGGCAUACGAAAGCUUAACCGUUGCUAAUGAAACGACAAAAAAAGGCGUCGUUAACGCUGAAGACCGUGUCCAAACACCAGGAUUUGAUGCCGAAAAAGAUGAGGAUACGCAAAAACAAAUAAUAGCUCUGCAUUCUCAAAUACAAAGCUUCAUGCCAUUCUUUAAUGAUUUAGCUAUAAUAUCAGAAUCGGCAGUAUUCAAACGCCAACUACAGGAAAAUACAGUUGAACCACCACAUGCAAUUGAAGAACGUACAAUAUCAGAGUGUAGCGAAGACAGCAUGGAGAAAGAUGGUACUAAGCUACAAACCGACGAAUCGGCCAUUAACACAGCUUCAUCAAUAUUUGGUCAAUAUCAGGAAAAGGAUCAAGCAGUUGUCACAUCUCUACCAGCUAGUCAGUGCAGCGCAACAGAAAUUGACGAGGAACCCAAAACUAGUCUUUUGUCGUUAAUAAAUGGGGAGUUAUUAGCAUCGGUACAGCCAAUUCUCGAGAAAAAUGCUGUUAUAACACCAAGUGCAAAUGAGCAGGAUGGUAAUGAUAAGGCAAUAACAACAGGAACUACAGCUCAAAAUAUGUUUGCAGUAGAUUCUGCAUAUUUAGUUAAUGAGACGAGUGAUACUGCAAUACCAAAUGCUGUUCAAAAUAAAACUUUGGGAACUGCCCUUUUACAAAAGCAAGAUAAGCUAUUAUUGCUUAAUGAUACCACGGCCACAUCAGCAUCUCUAGUUUACAAGCAGAAGAAAGCUAUUGUCACACCAAAUACAGUUAAGACACGCAGUACAAGUGCAAGCCAACAAGAGGGCGGUAUAUCACCAUUAUUUGAAAACUCAGCAUUUAUAACUGUAUUUGAAGUUUCUGAGAAAAAAGCCGCAGCUCCGUCCACUGCUAUUGAGCAGAAUACUACACCAACUAUGGAUAUAAAACCACUUGAUAAUCAGAAAGCAACUGACAUAAUUGCAGCAGUAUCAGGUGCUGCUAAUAAGGCACAGGACGAAAUUGUGACAAAUACCAUAAAUAAUACAACUGCAGCAAAAGUUAUUCCUUCAUCUGCAUCAAAUAUUACACAAAGCGCAAUGGAUAAUCAAAGCGCUAUUGUUAGGGAACCAACAACAAUGACUUCUAUAAAUUUGUUUUCAGAAACAAUAGAUGCAGUGACCACUAUGACAUCAUUAACAGAUAACAGGAAUACAACAAAAAUUCGCCGUCACCAUUCCUUUGAAGCUGUUUUAUCAACUGUUAAGGACUCGAUUAACUUAAAAUUAUCUGAUAUUGUUGCUUUCACAGAAUCAGUCAAUGCAUCUAACGCUAAAUCGCCGAUAGUUCCUCUCGCACUAGUAGCAGUCAUUCCUGACGAGGCUGGCCCCACAACACCAGUCAAGGAGACUGCUAUUGACGACAAGUCAAAAGUAAAAAAUGUUGAUUUGUUAACAAGAUUGUACAGUUUCUUGUUUAAUCUUUAAAUACUAAGAAAUGUU